AAGACAGAGCACUCUUCUAUAAGGAUUGUGACGAACCAAUUCAUUUAGCUAGCAACCUUUCUGCGAACCACCAGCGGUUUCUCACUAUUAGAAUCCGGGUGGCUUUGUGUAUGGUGUUGAAGGGGUUAAUAGCGAGCAUAUAUCAUAUGAUCAGUAUGAGCAGGAGGAAGAAAAACAUGAGGAAGUUGACUUAGAUUAUAUGGAUGAGGAUGACACAAAUGUGGAACCAAUGUUCGAUUAUCACGGCUUCGAUGAAGGGAAUAACAUUAACUCACUCGAAGACAUUAGGAUGAUUGAAUUUUGGAACAUCAGGGAUGAAGAUGUAUGUCAUUUUCACUUUUCUGAUGUCGACAUUGCAUUUGAGUUCUACAAUAGAUAUGCAAGGGCAAGAGGCUUUAGUGCUCGAAAGAACAGAACUAGGAAGAGUCGUGCGGGCAUACUUAAGUUGAAGAAUUUUGUAUGUCAUUGCAAAGGAUUUAGACCGCAAAAUAAUUAUGGCAUUGGAAACUCUAAGAGAAAACCUACUCUCGAGACAAGGUGUGGCUGCAGUGCAAUGAUGGAGAUUUGUCUAGAUGCACCUAGUGGUCGUUGGUUUAUUUCUUAUUUUUCUGAUAAACACAAUCAUCCGCUUCUAGAUCCUCGGUUGACUAGAUUGCUUCGUGGGCAUAGAUUCAUGUUUGAGGCUGAUAUUGGCCACAUGAUUAACAUGAAAAAGGGUGGGAUUAGUGUUGGGCAAAUAUAUCGGGCAUUAGCAAAUUAGGCAGGUGGCUACGAGUAUCUCUCUUUCACGCAAAGGGACAUGUACAAUAAAAUAGCAAAGUAGAGGCGUCAAUUACCCGGUGAUGCAUAUGCUGCUUUGAAGUAUCUAGAAGAACAAGCAACAAAUGACCCUUUUCUCUAUUUUAAUCAUCACAUGGAUGUCGAUAGUACUUUGCGCAAUUUAUUCUGGUGCGAUGG